GAUUUACCCGUAGUACAAAUUUACGACAACACAUGCAAUGCCACUCGGAAGAGAAACCUUUCAGCUGCUCCCUUUGUGAGAAAGGAUUUCACACGAGAGCGAAGCUUGCGAGACACAUGAUUGUUCACACUAAAGAGAAACCCUCUACCUGCUCUGUUUGUAACAGGGGUUUCACUCUUAAAGAAGACUUAGUGAAACACAUGGAAGUUCACACUAAUGAGAAACCCUCUACCUGCUCUGUUUGUAACAGGGGUUUCACUCUUAAAGAAGACUUAGUGAAACACAUGGAAGUUCACACUAAAGAGAAACCCUUCAGCUGCUCCGUGUGUAACAGGAGCUUCACUCUUAAAGAAGAUUUAGUGAAACACAUGAUAGUUCACUCUAAAGACAAACCCUCUACCUGCUCUGUCUGUAACAGGGGUUUCACUCUUAAAGAAGACUUAGUGAAACACAUGGAAGUUCACACUAAUGAGAAACCCUCUACCUGCUCUGUUUGUAACAGGGGUUUCACUCUUAAAGAAGAUUUAGUGAAACACAUGGAAGUUCACACUAAAGAGAAACCCUUCAGCUGCUCAGUGUGUAACAGGAGCUUCACUCUUAAAGAAGAUUUAGUGAAACACAUGAUAGUUCACUCUAAAGACAAACCCUCUACCUGCUCUGUUUGUAACAGGGGUUUCACUCUUAAAGAAGACUUAGUGAAACACAUGGAAGCUCAUACUGCAGUGAAGCAAAUCAGUCGUUCAGUUUGCGGUCAAAGCUUCACUGGACCUAGAGCUCUAAAAAUGCACAUGGCUGUCCACACAGGGGAGCAACCAGUUACAUGUUCAGUUUGUGGGAAAGAAUUUGCAUGUAAUGAAAAUUUACAGCAACACAUGGUAUGCCACUUGGAAGAGAAGCCCUUCAGCUGCCAUGUCAGUGAGAAUAAAUGUAAUACUGAAGCGAACAUCACAGUUCACACAGAAGAGAAACCCUCUACCUGCUCUGUUUGUAGCAGAAGCUUCACUCUUAAAGAAGACUUAGUGAAACACAUGGAAGUUCACACUGGAGAGAAACAAAUCAGUUGUUCAGUUUGCGAUCAAAGCUUCACUGGACCUAGAGCUCUAAAAAUGCACAUGGCUGUCCACCCAGGGGAGAAAUCAGUUUUGUGUUCAGUAUGUGGGAAGAAAUUCGCCGGUGUUAAAAAUCUGCGGCAACACAUGGUAUGCCACUCGGACGAGAAACCUUUCAGCUGCUCCAUUUGUGAGAAAAGAUUCAGUGUCAGAGCGAAGCUUGUGAGGCACUUGAUAGUUCACACAGAAGAGAAACCCUUCAGCUGCUCCGUGUGUCACAGAAACUUCCGCCUUGGUUACUACUUAGAGAAACACAUGAGAACCCACUCUGGAGAGAAAUCCUUCAGCUGCCCAGUGUGUAAAAGACGUUUGAUAAAUAAAGAAAACUUGGCGAAACACAUGAUGGCACAUAAUGGAGAGAAACUCUACAGCUGCUCCGUUUGUGACCAAAGCUUCACAGGACACAUGGCUCUAAAAAAGCACAUGACUGUCCACACUAAGGAGAAACCUUUUUUGUGCUCAGUCUGUGGGAAAAGAUUUGCUUACAAUCAGAUCUUGCAAAAGCACAUGUUAUGUCACUCAGAGGAGAAACCAUCCAUGUGCUCAGUUUGUGGGAAAAUAUUUAGCACUGACGGACAGCUUGGGAGGCACAUGAGAUUGCACACAGGGGAGAAACCCUUCAGCUGCUCCGUGUGUGAUGAGGGAUUUAGUUCCAAAGGCCGUUUAGACCUUCACAUGAGAAUACACACUGGGGAGAAACCCUUCAGCUGCUUUGUUUGUGGGAAGCGUUUCACACAGCAUGGCACUCUGAAAAGACACAUGAUGGUCCACACCGGGGAGAAACCGUAUAGUUGUCUCUUCUGUGGAAAGAGAUUUACUCGGCAAAGCUCUCUGAAAAGACACAAAUGCGCAUCCAAGAGCAGUGGAAACACAAAAUAAGAAUCCAAAGGUGCAUUUGGACCAAGUGUCCCGGGGUCUUUUAGCCCCCAGAACUACUUCACCCGGAUUUAAAAGGUUCCUGGGCCCCCAUUGUUGUAUGCGUUUCGACCGCGGGCUAAAGUCCCGGGUAGAUUGUGCAAAUCAGGCCAGUCAGGGAUGGAGGAAAAAAGUAAACCCUUCUUUCUUUCUUU